ACGUUUUUUUAUAUGUUCGGAUUUUUGUAACAUAUUUUAGAUAGUUAGGAAUUUUUUUGUAAUAUUAAAAAACAUAAAUUGUAUAUUUGCCUAAUUUUUUAUUUUUUAUUGGAAACUUGCCAGCCCUUCUGGCUUAUUUUUCUAAAUACUCAUGCCCCUAAUAAGUAAUUUAUGACCUGAAAUUGAAAGUUAACCAUCGGAACUACACUUUUGCCUGAAAUUUAUGGCUUCCGACUCCGCCACCGACCAGCACAAGCAACAGCAGUCCGGCGGAAUACUCGGGUGGCUUUUCCCCUUUACUAAAUCAAUAUUACCGGCGAGGCGUAGACUCCGGCUUGAUCCUUCUAGUAAUCUCUACUUUCCUUAUGAACCGGGAAAGCAGGUGAAGAGUGCCAUAAAGAUUAAGAACACAAGCAAAUCUUAUGUAGCUUUCAAGUUUCAAACUACUGCACCAAAGAGCUGCUACAUGCGACCUCCCGGAGGCAUUCUUACACCUGGUGAAAGCCUGAUUGCCACUGUUUUCAAGUUUAUUGAGCAACCUGAGAACAACGAGAAACCUAUCGAUCAAAAGACCAAGGUAAAGUUCAAGAUCGUAAGUUUGAAGGUGAAAGAAGGAACUGAUUACGCACCCGAGUUGUUUGAUGAACAAAAGGAUCAAGUCACUGUUGAGCGUACUCUAAAGGUGGUGUUCUUGGACCCUGAACGCCUUUCUCCAGAACUGGAUAAACUAAAACGUCAGCUGGCCCAAGCUGAGGCUGCAACAGAAGCUGAAAAGAAACCUCCAGUAGACACAGGUUCAAAGGUUGUGGGAGAAUGUUUAAUAGUAGAUGAAUGGAAGGAGCGGAGGGAGAGAUAUCUUGCUCGACAACAGGUUGAGGCAGUGGAUUCAGUAAAGCCGUAGAGAGUGUUUUAUGUAAGUGCAUCUUUUUCCAGAAUAGCAAUGUAAAAUCAGAUCCACACUAUACUUGCCUUGCCUUGGAUUGAUGGUAGAGACGGGCGCAAUGCUUCAUGUAAAGAAGAACAAUUAUUGGAGAUUUAAGAUUGUAUAAGAUUAGAAAUAAUUAUAUUUGGGAAAAGAUACAAGUGGCAUGCUUAGAGAAUAAACUGCGAGGCACUUGAUAUGAGAUGUUCUGUAUAAAUCUCCAAAUGUACUGAUACAUAAGGUGGGGCAAUAUGAUAAUUGGAGGCGUUAAAAGGA